AUGGGCUGGAUUGUUAAAGAUUCAGAAGGAAUCACCAAGACAACAGGCUCGCAUCGGUACUGUUUCGUUCCAUCCGCUCUAGUGGCUGAAGCUCUAGACCUUAAGCUAGCUUUAUCUGCAGCUCACACAAACGGUAUCUCUACCAUCCAAGUCUUUUCAGACCCAGAAAUUCUCAUCAACACCCUACGUUCGGGUGAGGUUGUGAACGAGAUUGCAGGCAUUUUACAUGAUGUUAGAGGCCUUGUAUUUCUGUUCUCUUCCAUCUCUUUUUAUUUUAUUUCCAGAUCAGCAAACUUAGAAGCUGAUUCGUUAGCCAAGGCGGCUUUGUCAAACUCUCACCCUUUUUGGGGUCCGUCUAGUUUGAAAUGA